ACUCAGAUGCAUCCAAAAAGGAGGAAGAAUUUGCCAUCCAUUUUGUUUCUCCGAUUGCAUCACGUCACGCCCUUCCAAUUCUCACGUCCAAAUUUCCAUGAUCUUCCAAUCUUCUUGAUUCCUUAUUGACAUUCAAUUUCUCAUCAAUCAAUUAACCAAACGAUGAUGAAGGAUCAUCCCAUUAUAUAGCGGUUAAUUACAAUUAGAUGCAUGUGGGUUAGGGAAUUGUGAGGAUGUCGAAUUUGUAUGGAGAUUAUCACCAAAAGAUUGAUUACGUGUUCAAGGUGGUGUUGAUUGGGGACUCUGCAGUUGGAAAAACUCAAUUGCUUGCACGCUUUGCUAGGAACGAAUUCAGCCUCGAUUCCAAGGCAACCAUUGGAGUAGAGUUUCAGACUAAAACUCUCAUCAUUGAUAACAAGACCAUCAAGGCUCAGAUAUGGGACACCGCUGGCCAAGAAAGGUAUAGGGCAGUUACAAGUGCAUACUAUAGAGGUGCUGUAGGGGCAAUGUUAGUGUAUGACAUGACUAAGCGCCAAUCGUUUGACCACAUGGUAAGGUGGUUGGAAGAGUUGCGAGGCCACGCUGACCAAAACAUAGUGAUCAUGCUAAUUGGGAACAAGUGUGAUUUGGGGAGCCUUAGAGCAGUGCCAAUGGAAGAUGCAGAGGAGGUUGCACAAAGAGAGAACCUUUUCUUUAUGGAGACAUCAGCACUUGAGUCCACUAAUGUUGAAACUUGCUUUUUGACUAUUCUAACUGAGAUAUACCGGAUUCAUGCCAAGAAAUCACUCACUGCUAGUGACGAUGAUAAUUGGGGUUCAGGGCUUCUCAAGGGAAGCAGGAUAAUUGUUCCCAACCAAGAGAUAGAUAAUGGUGGGAAAAAGGGUGGUUGUUGUUUUGCCUCCUAGCUUUUGUAUAUUUUUAGUUCUUCUUGGGAGGCAUAUUGCUGACUGAAGUUCUGCCUAUUUAUGGGCGUUUGUAGAGAGGGUAAUUACUUUUCUUGCUGAUGCCAUGUUUAUAGGCUGUGUAUUUAAGUGUGUGAACAAAAUCAUACAAAUUCUCUCUUCUUCCACUAGAUGGUGAAGAUA